AUGUUCAGGAAAGUGACAAAAUUUGUAGAUACUGGAAGUUUUGGUUAUCUCUUAAAGAGAUCGCGACAUCAUUGUACAAUUUUUUAUAUUUUCUGCCAUAUUCAUGAAUUAUUAGCAUAUACCUUGAUCCCAGAGCUUUACACAGGGGUUAAGUGGAUACUUCAUAAACAUGAAAGUCCUGAUUAUACCAAAAAUAGUCAUAACAAUUAUUCUGCAAUUAAUUAUAUAGACAAAAAGAUGCAAUCUGCAGGCAAAUUAGAACAUAAUAGGAGUAUUAAAAGUUAUAUUAAUAAUGGAGAAGUAAUAAGCACGGGUUCCUUAAUUAUAAAUGACUAUAUUGGUAUUUCUGAAACAGAUAAUAGUAGCAGUGUUGAUGAAGACUUAAGAGUUUUGCAUAAUACUGAUAAAUUAAAACAUGAAGACUUAGAACUUAUUAAGCAUGAUACUGAAUUAAAUGAGCCAAUUACCAUUCCUACGUUAGGUAUAUCACGUUUUUAUCAUGUUGGAAACAUGGCAUUACGUGUUUUAGGUGGUACGUUGAGGAACACCUACAAAGACUACAUGAAUGGAAAAGGAAUAUCAUUACGCAACAAUAUUAUGUGUGAAGAAAAUGCUAUAAUUAUAGGACAGACAUUAAGACGACUCAGGGGCGCAGCAUUGAAAUUUGGUCAAAUUUUGAGUUUACACAAUCAUUAUAUACCUAAAGUACUUUCUGAAAAUUUAUCUUUAACUCAUAAUAAAGCAUAUGAGAUGCCUAUAAAACAGCUAUAUUCUAUACUAGAAAAUGAAUUAGGACCAGAUUGGAAAGAACAUUAUUUUGAAUAUUUUAGUGAAAUCCCUUUUGCUGCUGCUUCAAUUGGUCAAGUCCACUAUGGAAGACUCAAUCCUACCUUUUUAAUGACAGAUACCUUUGGGAUUUCUGAAGGACAUAAAAUUAACUUAGAGGUAGCUAUAAAGGUUCAAUAUCCAAAUAUUGAGGGAUGUAUACGAAGUGAUUUAAACUCACUUUUACUUUUGUCUAACUAUACUUCUAUAUUUCCAAAAGGUCUGUAUAUUAAAGAUUUGAUUAAAGAAUUACAGCUAGAAUUAAUUGCUGAAUGUGACUACAAGAAUGAAGCUUUAUUUAUGGAAAUAUAUAAAAACUUGUUGAUACCAUCUUUAAAUGUUUUUAACAAGCAUGAAGAUUUUUAUGUUCCUAGGGUAUACAAACAGUUAUCCACAGCUAAAGUUCUUGUUACAGAGUACUUUAACCCCAAAGAAUGUGCUCCUCUGUAUGACUAUUUUGUACAUGAUAACGAGAUUCAAAAUACAUCAAAUGACAAGAUUAGAAAUAAAAUUGCUGAAUCUCUACUUUAUUUGACUUUGCAAGAGUUUUUAAUGUUCAAUAUUAUGCAGACAGAUCCGAAUCCAGCAAACUUUCUUUAUGACUCAAAAAGAAAUAGAUUAAUUUUGUUAGACUUUGGUGCCACAAGAAGUUACUCCAAGGAAUUUGUUUACAAUUACUGGAAACUUAUUCAAUAUGCUGUCGAAGGUGAUAUUGAUAGUGUUAAAAGUCAAAGUAUCCAAUUAGGAUUUCUCACAGGUUAUGAGCAGGAUGAUAUGAUUAAGGCUCAUACAUUGGCAGUAAUGAAGGUUGCAGAACCUUUCGUUGAUACAAAAUCUAAUGGAAUUGCAAAUGCUUACGAUUUCUCAACAUGUAACGUUAUAGACUAUGUUGCUCAGACAUUUCCAAAAGUUAUUAGUUCAAGAGAAAAUCCUCCUCGCCCGGAAAUAUAUUCUCUUCAUAGGAGAUUAGCUGGAUGCUUUGUACUGUGCAAUAAACUUGCAGCAAAAGUGAAUGCAUCAGAAAUAUAUAGACGUGUAGUUGAAGAGUUUAGAAAAAGUUUAAGAAUUAGCUAG